AGAGGAGAGAAGACCAUGUACCGGAGAAAGUCACAAUGCUGCCCGGGCUUCUUUGAGAAUGGAGAGAUCUGUGCUCCUCAUUGUGCAGAGAGCUGUGUUCAUGGCCGUUGUAUGGCCCCCAACACCUGCCAGUGUGAGCCGGGCUGGGGGGGCUCCAACUGCUCCAGCGCUUGUGACAGUAACCACUGGGGUCCACACUGCAGUAACCGAUGCCAGUGCCAGAAUGGAGCUCUGUGUAACCCCAUCACUGGAGCAUGUAUCUGCACCCCUGGAUACAGAGGCUGGCGCUGUGAAGGCCAGUGUGAAGUGGGCACCUACGGUAACGGAUGCCAGCAGAAAUGCCAAUGCCAGAAUGGAGCUGCUUGUCACCAUGUGACCGGAGAAUGCAAGUGCUCACCAGGAUACACUGGAGCUUUCUGUGAAGACCUGUGUCCUCCAGGUAAACAUGGACAGCAGUGUGAGGAGAGGUGUCCAUGUCAGAAUGGAGGAGUGUGUCAUCAUGUGACUGGAGAGUGCUCCUGUCCUGCAGGAUGGAUGGGCACAGUGUGUGGUCAGCCAUGUCCAGAGGGAAGAUUUGGACCGAACUGUUCUCAGGAAUGUCAGUGUCACAACAACGGCUUCUGUGUCUCAUCCACUGGACAGUGUCUGUGCAGCCCUGGAUACACAGGAGAACGGUGCCAGGACCAGUGUCCAGUUGGAACUUAUGGUGCUGGCUGUGCAAAGAUGUGUCGCUGUAUGAACAACGGCAAGUGCUACCACACCAACGGAAUGUGUCUGUGUGAGCCAGGCUACACAGGAGAGACAUGUGACGUCCGACUGUGUCCUGAAGCACACUACGGCCUGCGGUGUGAUAGAAAGUGUCCAUGCUAUGCCCAGAAUACACGCAGCUGCCACCCCAUGUCAGGGGAGUGCACAUGUGAGCCCGGUUGGUCCGGACUCUACUGCAAUGAGACGUGCACUCCGGGAUUUUAUGGAGAAUCCUGUCUGCAGGUGUGCCAGUGCCAGAAUGGUGCCGACUGCCACAGUGUGAGCGGAGAGUGUAUCUGUGCUCCAGGCUUCACGGGUCCCAACUGUUCAGUCCCCUGCCCAGCAGGAACUCAUGGAGUGAACUGCUCCUCCAGCUGUAACUGUAAGAACAGAGCUCAGUGUUCACCUGUGGACGGAUCCUGCACCUGUAAACCAGGAUGGCAUGGAGUAGACUGUUCCAUCAACUGUCCCAGUGGUACGUGGGGUCUGGGCUGUAACCUGACCUGUAUGUGUGGGAAUGGAGGAGCGUGUAAUGCUCUGGAUGGUCACUGUACCUGUGCUCCAGGCUGGAGGGGGGAGAGGUGUGAUCUUCACUGCCAGGAUGGUACCUAUGGUCUGGAUUGUAAAGAACGCUGUGACUGCAGUCAUGCUGAUGGAUGUCACCACUCCACUGGGUACUGCCGCUGUCUGGCUGGAUGGACAGGUAUUCACUGUGACAGUGUGUGUGCAGAGGGACGCUGGGGCCCAAACUGUUCCCUCCCCUGUAGCUGUAAGAAUGGAGCGUCGUGCUCUCCAGAUGAAGGAACCUGUGAGUGUGCUCCAGGAUACAGAGGCACCACCUGUCAGAGGAUCUGCUCUCCAGGUUACUUUGGUCACCGCUGCAGUCAGACGUGUCCACAGUGUGUCCAUAGUAACGGGCCGUGUCAUCACGUCAGUGGACAGUGUGACUGUCUCCCAGGAUUCAAGGGGGCGCUGUGCAAUGAGGUGUGUCCCAGUGGACGCUUCGGGAAGAACUGUGCCUGGAGCUGCAGCUGCACCAACAACGGCACCUGUAACCCCAUCGAUGGCUCCUGUCAGUGUUACCCAGGAUGGAUCGGUAGCGACUGCUCUCAGUCAUGUCCUCCUGGUCAGUGGGGACCCAACUGCAUCCACACAUGUAACUGUCACAAUGGAGCGUACUGCAGUGCUUAUGAUGGAGAAUGCAAGUGUACUCCAGGAUGGACCGGUCUCUACUGCACACAGCGCUGUCCAUUAGGUUUCUAUGGGAAGGACUGUUCUCAGAACUGUCAGUGCAGGAACGGAGCAGACUGUGAUCACAUCUCAGGACAGUGCACCUGUCGCACCGGCUUCAUGGGACGCCACUGUGAGCAAAAGUGUCCUCCUGGUUCAUAUGGUUAUGGCUGCCGUCAGGUAUGUGACUGUCUAAAUAACUCCACCUGUGAUCACAUGACUGGUACAUGUUACUGCAACCCAGGUUGGAAAGGAGCGCGCUGUGACCAAGCUGGUGUGGUGGUGGUGGGCAGCCUCAACAGUCUGACCAGUGCAGCCAUGCAUGUGGACACCUACCAGAUAGGAGCCAUCGCAGGAAUCAUUGUGCUGGUACUGCUGGUGCUUUUCCUCCUCCUUCUCUUCAUCAUCUACAGGAAGAAGCAGAAGGGUAAAGAGCCCACCAUGCCAGCUGUCACCUACACCCCUGCUAUGAGGGUGACAGCUGACUACACCAUCACAGAUGCUCACCCACCAACAUGUGAAGGUCACCCUAGCAACUACUUCUCCAACCCCAGCUACCACACUCUGACCCAGUGCAUCAGUCCCACACAUCUUAACAAUACUCCUUAUGGAAAGGCCAAGAAUAACCAGAUGUUUGUGAACUUGAAAAAUGGGGAGCAGAGAAAGAGAGCUCCUCUAGCUGACCACACUGGCACACUGCCUGCAGACUGGAAACAUGGGGACUGUUUCAAUGAACUGGGAGCAUACGGAGUUGACAGGCGAUACAUGGGCAAAUCUUUACGAGAUCUGGUGAAGGGAACGCCCUAUCAUGCCAGCUCCUGUUCCCUCAACAGCUCUGAAAACCCAUACGCCACAAUAAAGGACCCUCCACUGCUAAUGGCCAAAAAUACAGAGUGUGGCUAUGUAGAGAUGAAGUCUCCAGCCAGACGGGAUUCACCGUACGCUGAGAUCAGCAACAGCAGCCCCACCAAUAACAGGAAUGUCUAUGAAGUUGAGCCGACUGUGAGCACCAUCCAUCCAUUUGGAAACAGCAAUGGCCACGUGCAGCUUGGCCAGGACCCGUACGAUCUACCAAAAAACAGCCACAUCCCCUGUCACUACGACCUGCUGCCAGCCAGAGAGAGUCCCACCUCAGAGCACAAGGAGCUGGAGGAAUGA